AUGACUGCUACCACUACCACUAAUACUACGGUUGCCGUCGCCGGUGGAACUAAAGGUCUUGGUCUAACCAUUGCAGAAGCAUUGGCCAUCCAUGGCAAGCACAAUGUGGUCAUACUCAGUCGAAAGAGUACUCCUAGUCUAGACGAGAAGCUACCAGCUCGUUUGGUCGUUGUUGAUUAUGACAACGUACAAAACCUGACAGAGGCUCUCGAAGAAAACAAAGUCAGCGACGUGAUCUGUACCAUCAACGCAUAUGGAAGCUCUCUACCAGAAAGGAACCUUAUUCGCGCGGCGGAGAACUCCUCUACGACAAAGCGAUUUAUCCCCAGCAUUUUUGCCGGGUUCGCAUAUCCCACCAAGUUAGUAUCCCGAGGUCGCCAAAUCCAAAACAGAGGCGCUAGAGGAACUGGCGAAGACAUCCUAAUUCACACUGCUGUCUACAACGGCAUGUUCAUGGAUUUCUACGGGUCUCCUCUGCUCAAAUCCAACGUCGGUUUCUUUCCGAUGUUUGUUGAUAUAGCCAACAACGUGGCAGCCAAACCCGGAUCUGGAGACCAAGCCGUCGUGCUCACCCGGGUUCUGGACAUUGCGAGAUUCGUUGUCCGCAUCCUCGAUCUUGCGGUCUGGCCAAAGGAAAGCUAUUUCAUCGGUGAUAGGGUUACGAUUCAUGACUUUGUAAAUAUGGCUGAAGAGGCGAGAGGUACCAAGUUCCGUAUCACCUAUGACUCUAAGGAAGAAUUAGAAGCAGGACAGGUCACGGAAUUACCUUGCUACGAGACCACCUUUGCUGUAGUGGGCAAAGAAAUGACCAAGCAACUAUUUGCUCAGACUGGGUUGUGGAUUAUCGGAAAUGAGCUUGACCUCAGACCUGUCAGCACUCUCAAUGAGACUUUCCCGGAUAUCAAAACUAUGACCUUGCGGAGAUUCCUCGAGCUUUCAUGGAAGGUUUAG